UCCACCCUCAGGAAAUCAACUACACUCCAUCACCCACGAUUUCCUAACACCUCCACAUUCCUUAACUUAAAGCUCCCACCUACCUUACCCUGUCUCCAACUACAACAUGGCAGCUAAUGGCCACGUUCAAGCUGCAGACACUUUCUGCUUAAGCAAUGGCGCCGUCGCUGCGGCAGACCCCUUGAACUGGGCCUCUGCGGCCGAGGCCCUCAAGGGGAGCCACCUCGACGAGGUCAAGCGCAUGGUGGCUGAGUUCCGCAAGCCGCUCGUCCGCCUCGGCGGAGAAACGCUCACCAUCUCGCAGGUGGCGGCGAUCGCUGCCCACGACCAGGGAGUCAAGGUCGAGCUCGCUGAGUCCGCCAGGGCCGGCGUUAAGGCCAGCAGCGACUGGGUCAUGGACAGCAUGAACAAGGGCACCGACAGCUACGGCGUCACCACCGGCUUCGGCGCCACCUCCCACCGUCGCACCAAACAAGGUGGUGCCUUGCAGAAGGAGCUAAUUAGGUUUUUGAAUGCUGGAAUAUUUGGCAAUGGUACAGAGUCCAACUGUACACUACCCCACACUGCAACAAGAGCAGCUAUGCUAGUAAGGAUCAACACACUUCUUCAAGGGUACUCAGGCAUUAGGUUUGAAAUCUUGGAGGCUAUCACAAAGCUUCUUAACAACAACAUUACCCCAUGCUUGCCACUUAGGGGUACAAUCACAGCUUCUGGUGAUCUUGUUCCUUUGUCUUACAUUGCCGGUUUGCUAACUGGUAGACCAAACUCCAAGGCUGUUGGACCCUCUGGGGAGAUUCUGAAUGCCAAGGAAGCCUUUGAAGUGGCCAACAUUGGCUCUGAGUUCUUUGAGUUGCAACCUAAGGAAGGGCUUGCCCUUGUGAAUGGCACUGCUGUUGGUUCUGGAUUGGCUUCCAUUGUACUCUUUGAAGCAAACGUCCUUGCUGUCUUGUCUGAAGUUAUUUCAGCGGUGUUUGCUGAAGUCAUGCAAGGGAAGCCUGAGUUCACUGACCAUUUGACUCACAAGCUGAAGCACCACCCUGGACAGAUUGAGGCUGCUGCUAUCAUGGAACACAUUUUGGAAGGAAGCUCUUACAUUAAAGCAGCUAAGAAGUUGCAUGAGAUAGAUCCUUUGCAAAAGCCUAAACAAGACAGAUAUGCCCUUAGGACUUCACCACAAUGGCUUGGUCCUCAAAUCGAAGUGAUCAGAUUUUCCACCAAGUCAAUUGAGAGAGAGAUUAACUCGGUCAAUGACAACCCUUUGAUUGAUGUGUCAAGGAACCAGGCCUUGCAUGGUGGUAACUUCCAAGGAACUCCCAUUGGUGUCUCCAUGGACAACACCCGUUUGGCUCUUGCAUCAAUUGGCAAACUCAUGUUUGCUCAAUUCUCGGAGCUUGUCAAUGACUACUACAACAAUGGUUUGCCUUCAAAUCUCACUGCCAGCAGAAACCCCAGCUUGGAUUAUGGUUUCAAGGGAGCAGAAAUUGCCAUGGCAUCUUACUGUUCUGAACUCCAAUACUUGGCAAACCCGGUAACUAGCCAUGUCCAAAGUGCUGAGCAACACAACCAAGAUGUGAACUCUCUGGGGUUGAUUUCAUCUAGAAAAACACACGAAGCCAUUGAGAUCCUCAAGCUUAUGUCUUCCACUUUCCUCAUUGCACUUUGCCAAGCCAUAGACUUGAGGCAUUUGGAGGAGAAUUUGAAGAACACUGUGAAGAAUGUUGUGAGCCAAGUGGCCAAGAGGACUCUCACCACAGGUGUGAAUGGAGAGCUUCACCCUUCAAGGUUUUGCGAGAAGGACUUGCUGAAAGUUGUUGACAGGGAGUACACAUUUGCCUACAUCGAUGAUCCCUGCAGUGGCACAUACCCUUUGAUGCAAAAGCUAAGGCAAGUGCUUGUGGACUAUGCAUUGGCCAACGGGGAGAGCGAGAAAAACACCAACACUUCAAUCUUCCAAAAGAUUACAACAUUUGAGGAGGAGUUGAAGGCCCUCUUGCCUAAGGAGGUGGAAGGUGCGAGGGUUGCAUAUGAGAAUGGCCAGUGUGCAAUUCCCAACAAGAUCAAGGAGUGUAGGUCUUACCCAUUGUACAAGUUUGUGAGAGAGGAGUUGGGGACAGCGUUGCUAACUGGAGAAAGGGUUAUCUCACCGGGUGAGGAGUGUGACAAACUGUUCACUGCCAUGUGCCAAGGGAAAAUCAUUGAUCCUAUGUUGGAAUGCCUUGGAGAGUGGAAUGGUGCUCCUCUUCCUAUCUGUUAGUUCAUGUUCUGUUUCUUUGAGGAGUGGUUUCUUUCUAUAUAUAUUUGUGUUGAUAAGCAUUUGGUUUGUCUAUAAGGCUAUGGCAAAUCAAUCCACAUACAAGUCUCAGUUUUCCUUGAUGCCAAGGAUCUUGUAAUUCAUAUUGUAAUAGAAUUCCAUUUGUUUGCCGUAGCUUUGGGUGAAAAUAUUAAUACAUGGCCUUCGUCUUCCAUGUCAAGGAUGUUUUCAUACUCUUGAAUAAUACAACUUUCUUUCAAAAGA